GUGUGUUUAUGCGCUGUAAUGGCGGCCGACGGGCAGUGAUGAGCUAGCGGAAUUAUUCAGAGUGAUUAAACCAGUACAGAACCAUUAUUACCAUUCAUUUACUUUAUUCACCCAUUCAUCCAGACCGAGAACUACAUCAGGAAAAGAGCAGAAUGCAGAUCACACUGAAAACCCUGCAGCAGCACACCUUUAAAAUCCACAUCGACCCGGAGGAGACGGUGAAAGCAUUAAAGGAGAAGAUAGAGAGUGAGAAGGGGAAGGACAGUUUCCCUGUAGCUGGACAGAAGCUCAUCUAUGCAGGAAAAAUCUUAAACGAUGACACCGCGCUCAAGGAGUACAAGAUCGACGAGAAGAACUUUGUGGUUGUCAUGGUAGCAAAGCCUAAAGCCGCUCCUGCAGCCACUCAGUCAUCGACCCCCGCGGCAUCAUCCAGCAGUUCCACCUCCAGCACUACAACUCCCACAAUUCCUCCUGCUUCUGCUGCUGCGGCCGCCACGGGAGAGACCCCCGCCGAGAGCGCCGCCAAAGAGGAGAAACCAGCAGAGGAGAAACCACCGUCUUCUACACCUGCCAGCUCUGGUGGACUGACGAAUGUGAACAUAUUUGAGGAGGCGACGUCGGCUCUGGUGACGGGACAGUCCUAUGAGAACAUGGUAACUGAGAUCAUGUUGAUGGGCUAUGAGCGGGAGCAGGUGGUGGCAGCGCUGCGUGCCAGCUUCAACAACCCUGACCGAGCCGUGGAGUACUUGCUCACGGGAAUCCCAGCUGAGAGUGAGGGGAAUGUAGGAGGAUCUGAACCCGCCGCUCCAGGAGGGGGCGCUCCUGCUGCACCCAGCGACCUCUCGUCUCUCUCCAGCUCCGGCAUUACACAGCCCAGCGGUGGAUCAGCAGGUGGUGGGAAUCCUCUGGAGUUCCUGAGGAACCAGCCUCAGUUCCUGCAGAUGAGGCAGAUCAUCCAGCAGAACCCCUCACUGCUCCCUGCACUGCUGCAGCAGAUCGGCCGAGAGAACCCUCAGCUACUGCAGCAAAUCAGCAGCCACCAGGAGCAGUUUAUCCAGAUGCUGAAUGAGCCGGCGCAGGAGUCCGGGCAGGGCGGCGGUGGGGGCUCGCCCGAGGCCGGGGGUGGGCACAUGAACUACAUCCAGGUUACACCGCAGGAGAAGGAGGCCAUCGAGAGGCUAAAGGCGUUGGGGUUUCCUGAAGGACUUGUUAUCCAGGCGUACUUCGCCUGUGAGAAGAACGAGAACUUGGCCGCCAAUUUCCUUUUACAACAGAACUUCGACGACGACUAAAACGUGCCCCCCUACACCCCCCCCCCCCCCCAUGCACCCCCCUCAGUUCCCCCCUUUUCUUUAUUAUUUUUUGAAUCUCCUCUGAAUGAAUCAGAAUGAAAAUCCAUGAUAAUUAUAUACGUAGAUAAAAACGAACCCGUCAAUGUUGGUUUAUUCUUCUCCACACACACUGGUUAACUGGUCUGGUUCAGCUGGUCCAGACUGCAGUGAAACGAUGACAUCACUUCCUCUCAGUUCAGGUGGUUCUGCAGUUUUUGGGAGCUUGGUUGUUUAUUAGGGUUUUUAUUCUCUGUCUCUCUCAGUAUAAAGCCCAGAACCCUUUUAAACUUUCCACUUUUUUUAACUGCUGUUUCUGUUCAUUUUGUUUAUAAAAUGAGUUUUUUUUGUAGUGCAUGAAAUGCAGAGAGAAUCAAAACCUUCUUAGCUUCCAUUAAAUAAAUAAAGGCAUGUACACUCACUCACGCCCUCAUGAUUAGUCUCAGCGUUUCACUCAGACUCUGCACAUGUACUUUCUUUCAGCCAAAAAAGAAAUCAAUAAAACUUUUCAAGAUAAAAA